AUGAGGUCAGACUCUGAGAUCAAGGGCCCCAUCGGCAAGUUGCACAAUAUCGUUCACUGGGUGGAAAGGUCUGGGCAGCGCAUUGAAAGGCUCCACAUGCUCCAAUCCAUCGAGAACACCGCCCUGGGCCUCGAAGACAAAACAACCUACGAUGUGGUCAUGGACAACGCUACUCGCUGGAACUCGUCCGAAGCGAUGAUGGAGCGGGGCUACAUGCUUCGCAAUGCACUCGAUUCGCUGGUCCAAGCGGAAGUGACAGAGUGGAAUCAAUAUGUGGCGAGAAGGACACAGCACGGGGCAAAGCCGAUGCCGAAGAAGUGCCGCAAGAAGCCUACAAUUGUGGACGACCAGAUGGUCACUGAGGACUGGUCCGUUAUUGCAGAGUAUUUGGCGAUCCUGAAACCAUUGAAGAUCGCGACAAAGCGCCUAGAGGGCCAGCCACGACAAGGCAAAUUCGGCGCGAUUUGGGAAGUUUUGCUCACAAUGGAGUGGCUUCUGAAGCACCUAGAAGAGGCAAAGCUACAGCACGAACGGGACGAGGAACCGUACCUGCGAAUCGGCUGCAAUCUCGGCUGGAUGAAGCUGGAUCAAUACUACGCCCUUACGGAGGAUAGCCCUGCGUACCUCGCGAGCCUCGUCCUCCAUCCCGCGUUUCGCUGGUCCACCGUCGAGUCGCAGUGGUCCGAUCAUCCGGACUGGUUGGCCAGAGGAAGGGCGGCUGUGCAAGAGCUAUGGGAGGAGUACCGAACCUCGCGGUCGAGCAAGAUACGAUACCCGAGGAGCCCACAGCUGCAAGGAAGACAACGGACCUAG